ACGACUCCAGUUGACAUCAGUUUCGCCAGUACGGAAAGAAUGCUCAUAAUUGGACCUAUUUAUUUAUUUAUCGCAAUGGCGUAGCGCAACAGAAAAUCCCGUUAAUUAAUGUCUUUAUUAUUAACUUCAAAUAUGUGUGACUAUAUAUAUAUAUAUCUAUAGUUUUCAAAAUCACGCUCUCAAUGUGGUUCUAGGCUCAGCUCCUCCAUCCUCGGUCCAUUCGUUUUUGGGUUUUGCUUUUUCCUUAUUUUGUUGCUCAUACAAACACUUUUACCCACAAUACACAAGCUUCUCUCUGGUCUUGGAUCGGGUUGAACAAGAAGAGAUUUGAAGUCGUUCUGAAUUCUGAGUCGUAAUUUCCUCGAGCUGCAAUCACGUCCUGAUGAUUUCUAUUCAUGGUACUUUCUCUCUCUAAAACCUGUUCCCUCAUUUAUUUUUUUUAUUUUCAACUGGAUAAAUAUGCAAAAGAGACAAUUGGUUUGACACCAUUUUGAUUGGAGUGGUUGUUUUUGUACUCUUUUGUUUUCCUAUAUUCCUCUCGAGUGGAUUACACAUCUUCUCUCGUGUCAACAAAUAUUUGCUUUACCAAAUGGGCAAUAGCGCAACUGGUUCGAAUCCUCAGUUCCGUAGCUAAUGCUUGUACUGUCAUUGCUGGAGGAACAAAGCAUCAGCAGCUCUUGUAAAAGGAUUUUGGUUAUGGAUCUUGAGAAUAAUGAGUCAGACACCAAUUUAAAUGUACAAGGAUUAGAAAGUGGUGGUGUUGUUUUGUAUGAUCCCACUGUGUCAAAUACCGUCUCCCCUGUAUCGCCAUUACCAGCAGAGAUCACAUCUCUUUCCACCGAUGCACUCGGACAAUCUGGUGACGAAAAGCAAGAGACUAAGAAAGAUCUGCCAUGGGCGCUGGAGUAUAUUUCAUGCCUCCUUCAUCUUGCCGUUUUAGGGAUUUUUGGGGUUUUGACAAGAUAUCUACUUCAGAAGCUGUUUGGUCCUGCUGGAAUUGUUCCUGCCACAGGGAACCACAGUUAUAUGUACCUUGAUCUUCCUUCUAAUAUGGUCUCUCUCUGUGUUGGUUCAUUCUUGAUGGGGUGGUUUGGCGUUGUUUUCAAAAGGGAUAUUGCAAAAGUUUCAGAUUUUUUAGCCCUUGGACUGACGACUGGUUACUUAGGAAGCCUUACAACAUUUAGUGGCUGGAAUCAGGAAAUGCUUGAUCUCAGUGUGGAAGGCCAAUGGGAUUUUGUUUUCCUUGGCUUUGUCGUAGGUUUAGUUCUUGUUGUUGCUUCCUUGAGAAUUGGGAUCAGGUCAGCCAAGGGUUUCAGGUGGCUUCUCAAAAGAUUAAACACAAGUCCGGAACAUGGCAUCUCUAACUCCAAAAGAAAUUGGAAGGUGGACAACUACAAGCGCCACUUGACAGUUACAGUGGUGCUGGUACUGAUGCUAGGCAUAUUAUAUGGUGUGACUGGGACUUUAUUGAACAAAGAGUUUGACAGUGGCAGCAGUGAAGCUCAUCUGUGGUUGGCUUGCAUGGUUGGGCCACUAGGUGUGUGGAUUAGGUGGUGGUUAUCCCGACUCAAUGGACGUGGUUUAGGAAGAGCGGGCUUGUUGAAAUGGUUUCCUUUUGGGACUCUAAUCGCCAAUGUUUUUGCAGCUUGUGUCAUGGCAGCUCUCGCAAUACUGAAAACAGUGGUGAAUACGAAGACUUGUGAUAAUGUUGCAAAUGGUAUACAGUUUGGGCUGUUGGGUUGUCUAAGUACUGUUUCCACUUUCAUUGUUGAGUUCCAUGCACUGGUAGAAAGCAAGCACACAUGGAGAGCAGAAGCAUAUGGCCUGAUUACAAUUGUUACCUCUUUUGUUUUGGGGACCCUUAUAUAUUCUUUACCUUUUUGGAUAAAGGGAUACAAAUCAUACAGUUAGCUCUGAUAAAAUUCCUUUUGUAUAAAAUGUAAAUGUUAAUGAUUUGGAGUCUAAAAGUUGGACAAAUUUAUACGAGUGGGGUUGACGUCAUCAUAAUGUCAUUUAUCUCUUAUGUCAUGAUGAAAUCAACUUUUACCAACAUAAAACUAGUAGUAGGAUUUGUCCUUGUGUCGGACUCUCUAUCAUUAUUCAAAUGUAAAUGAUAGAAUAGAUUUGGUGUUCCCAUGUCCAA